AUGAAAAGAAGUAAAUUGUGGUCUUAUUUCAAAAAAGAAGGAGACGGUAAUGUUAUUUGCACUAUUUGUAACAAACGAGUUAAAACUUCUGGAAAUACAAGCAAUCUAGCAUCACAUAUGAAACACAAACAUCCAGAAGAUUGUGAUGUGGACGAUAAAUCCUUGGAUAAAUCACAACGUAAGUUGACUGAAUGUGGUGGUACUUCUUCUAGUUUGUCUAGAAGUGGAGUCAGCGUUAAUCUUCAAACAUCGGACGAAAGUGCUAAACCCCCUGAAACGUCAGUUGAUACUGUUGAAGCUUCUUGUUCGUCUGCUGUGGUUGUGUUCCCUACAACUAAGCCCGCUACUCCUAAUACAUCUGCAAACACUCCAAAAAUAAAACAGGCUUUUGAAAAUGUAUAUCAAUAUUCUAAAGGUGGUGCAAAAUACGAUCGGAUAACAGAUGCUAUUGCGUAUUUUAUUGCAGUUGAUAACAGGCCGUUUUAUGCGGUUGAAGGAAAAGGUUUUCAACAUUUGAUUAAGGAACUAGCCCCUUUGUAUAAAGUGCCUUGUCGGGAAACAACUAAAGCAAAGAUUGAUAAAAAGUAUGACACAUUAUCAAAAUUUGUGGCGGAUAAAUUGAAAAAUGUGGAUUACUUUAGUUUGACUACAGACAUUUGGACAGAGACAUUGACUAACACUGGUUAUCUGGGACUUACUGUUCAUUUUUUGCAACAGAAUGAAUUACAAUCUGUGACUAUUGGAGUUUUCGAAUUAGAAGAAAGUCAUACUGGCGAGUACAUUGGACAACAAUUGACAGGAAUAUUAAGAAGUUGGAAUAUAGAUACUGAAAAAGUUAUGGCUUUCGUUACAGAUUCUGGUGCAAAUAUGGUUAAAGCAAUAAGAGAGACGUUUGGGGCACACAAACACAUCCCAUGUUUUGCUCAGAAAAACUUAAGCCAUAAGAAAAACUUCCGGACUGAGUGA